AUGAUCGCUCAAACUGUCUUCGCCACCGCCCUCAUCGCCUCUGUUUCAGCUGGCUGGGAAUCCAAGACCGGCUCAUGUAACACUGGCACUAUCAGUUGUUGCUCCUUGAACAAGGACGCCCAAGAGAGCACCGGCAAGAACGACGCCCUCAUCUCAACCGGCGACAUCGCCUCCCAAGUCGGCCUCAACUGCGACCAAGUUCCACUUUUGAUUGGAGUUGCUGUGGAAGAUGAGUGCAAGAAUACCCCUGUCUGUUGUGAAGACAUGGAGUCAGACGGCCUCGUCGGUGUUAACUGCACUCCGCUCUCCGUCAUCUAA